GGACGGAGGAAGGCCUGGCAUAAAAAGUGUGCAACGAGCCGCGUAUCGGCUCAGAUGCCUGCAAGGCUGCAAGGAGUUAAUACCGUCUCGCUUUAUCGAGCUGCCCUGUACCUACGUGGCGCCUGAAAGAGUGACAACAAAUCGACAGCAUGUGCGGAAUAUUUGCAUACCUCAACUAUCUCACGCCGAAGAGCAGAAAAGAAAUUCUUGAGCUGCUUGUUGGCGGACUGAAGAGACUCGAAUACCGUGGAUACGAUUCAGCCGGCGUCGCACUCGAUUCUUGCGAUGGAAAGGACAUCGCCGUCAUCAAGAAGCAAGGAAAGGUUCAAGCGUUGGAGGACGAGAUCUUGAAAAACGAGAAGCUCGACUUCGAUGAAACGACGCUAAGCCACGUCGGAAUAGCUCACACUCGUUGGGCGACUCACGGAGUUCCAUCUGAAGUGAAUUCUCACCCGCAGCGUUCCGACAUCGAUCACUCGUUCGUAGUUGUCCACAACGGUAUCGUGACGAACUACAAGGAAGUGAAGACUCUGCUUCAGCACAGAGGUUACUGCUUCGAGAGUGAAACGGACACUGAAGUGAUCGCGAAGCUGGUUCAUCACCUCUGGACCCAGCAUCCGAACUACUCGUUUCGCGAAUUGGUCGAGCAAGUGAUCCAGCAAUUGGAGGGAGCUUUCGCUCUUUGCUUCAAGAGCAAACAUUUCCCGGGCGAGUGUGUCGCUACUAGGCGUGGAUCACCUCUCCUCGUUGGUAUCAAGACCAAAACUAGACUCGCCACCGAUCACGUACCGAUUCUUUAUGGCAAGGAUGACUUCCCACUCAAAGCCAAAGAAGGUGACACAACUCCCCAAGAUCAUCGCCCCCACGGACGAGGCUCGGAUUUGCCAAUUAUUCCACGCAGCGACAGCACGUCCGAGUUUCAACCCCUCGAAGACAAGGAGGUUGAAUACUUUUUUGCCUCCGACGCGAGCGCCGUGAUCGAACACACGAACAGAGUAAUUUUCCUUGAGGACGACGAUGUCGCCGCUGUGAAAGACGGAGCCCUCUGCAUCCACCGUCUCCGUCGCCUGAUGGACGACCCUCACGCUCGUGAGAUAUGCACGUUGAAGAUGGAAAUUCAGCAAAUAAUGAAGGGUAACUACUCCUACUUCAUGCAGAAGGAAAUCUUCGAGCAGCCCGAAUCGGUGGUGAACACCAUGAGAGGACGCCUCAAUUUCCAGGACAAUUCCGUCACUCUUGGCGGUAUCAAGGAUUACAUACCUGAGAUAAAAAGGUGCAGAAGACUGAUGCUUAUCGGGUGCGGAACGAGCUAUCAUUCGGCAGUGGCGACCAGACAACUGCUCGAGGAACUCACGGAGCUGCCGGUGAUGGUUGAACUCGCUUCCGACUUUUUGGACAGAAAUACACCGGUUUUCAGGGACGACGUUUGCUUCUUCAUAUCGCAGUCAGGCGAGACGGCGGACACCUUGAUGGCACUUCGUUACUGCAAGGGUAGAGGGGCGCUAAUUGUUGGCGUGACGAACACGGUGGGCAGCAGCAUUUGUCGCGAGUCUCACUGCGGUGUUCACAUAAACGCCGGACCCGAAAUCGGUGUCGCAAGUACGAAGGCUUACACGUCCCAGUUCAUAUCUCUGGUGAUGUUUGCUCUGGUUAUGAGCGAGGACAGAAUCUCUCUUGGAAACAGACGACUCGAGAUCAUCGAAGGACUCAAGAACCUCGACAAUCUCAUUCGCGAGGUUCUCAAGCUGGACGACAAGGUCAAGGAACUGGCGAAAUCGCUGUUCCAGCACAAGUCCCUUUUGAUUAUGGGUCGAGGUUACAAUUUUGCGACGUGCAUGGAGGGCGCCCUCAAAGUCAAGGAACUAACUUACAUGCACAGCGAGGGAAUAAUGGCUGGUGAAUUGAAGCACGGUCCUCUGGCUCUCGUCGAUGAUUCCAUGCCCGUUAUCAUGAUCGUCAUGAGGGAUCCCGUUUACGUGAAAUGCAUGAACGCCCUCCAGCAAGUGACAGCCCGAGAAGGAAGACCGAUAGUGAUAUGCGAGGAGGGUGACAAGGAGACGAUUGCUUUGGCCGAUAGAGUAUUGGAAGUGCCGAAGACCGUGGACUGCCUGCAAGGCGUCCUCACUGUCAUUCCGAUGCAACUUUUGUCAUUCCACAUCGCGGUGUUGCGUGGCUGCAACGUCGACUGUCCGAGAAAUUUGGCAAAGUCGGUUACAGUCGAGUAGAUUAGAGUAGUGUAGGACUCGUACGCAGGAUGAGGAUUUGCAAUUGGCGAUCAGGAGAGUCGGUGGAUCGUGGCCAAUGAUGAAUAACGAGGGGCUGAAUCCUGAGAGGCUGGCUUGUUUAUAUCAGCGGAUAGUGAUUGGCAGGCGUGUAUUUAUUAACGAAAAGAUUUGAAUCGGCGGGACUUUAAGGAGUCUAAGGAUAUACUAAGCAAACUUUGUUCCAUAAACGCGAGAGCGGCUGGUGUGGGGGAACAAUAUACGGGAAAUAUUUUAAAAAACGAUUUCUCCAUCACCGCUAAGACGAUUCGGUAAAAUUUCACGAAAAUCGGUUUCGAUUUGCAUAAGUACAGCCCAUCGUCGACUCAAAGUAAAUACUUGGCACUGAUUAACAUGUACGUGUCAAGUAUCGAAAUAUAACUAUUCCAAUACGUGAAG